AUGCCGUUCGCUUCAGAUUCACCGGCUGUCCCACCAUCAGCCACAGCACAUGAGUUGUUUCGUGGAUUUUCGUUCGUGUCACCAUCGGUGGUGGAUGAUAAGAAGGAUGAGAAGAAGAUGCGAACGAUUCCAACCGCUAAAACACAUCCAAUCACGGAUGAUUAUAUACUGGAAGAGGUAAUAGUUAUUUUUAUCGAAAUCGGUACCGGCACCUUUUCAGUCGUAAGGCGAUGCAUCAUGAGAACGACAAAGCGCGAGUUUGCAGUGAAAAUCAUCAAAAAAUCGGCAUGCGAUCCAUCUGAAGAGGUGGAUAUCCUGCUGAGACACGGGCAUCAUCCACACAUUGUAAAGUUGUUCGAUGUGUAUGAGGAUGAAGCACACGUAAAUCUGUUGCUGGAGUACUGUCGUGGUGGCGAAAUGUUGGACAGGAUUUUAUCGAAGAGAACAUUUACCGAACGUGAAGCGGCUGCAUCGAUGGUGAAUCUUGCAAACGCUAUCUGUUAUCUUCAUACGAAUCAGGUAGCGCAUCGUGAUCUGAAACCGUCGAACAUUAUGUACGCAUCUAGCAACGGGGAAUCGGACUCGCUUCGGAUAAUCGACUUCGGCUUUGCCAAGCAGUCUCGAGCAGAGAACGGCAUGCUAAUGACACCGUGCUAUACAGCGCAGUUUGUGGCUCCAGAGGUGCUGAAACGUCAAGGAUAUGACCGAUCGUGUGACGUAUGGUCAUUAGGUGUGUUACUCUAUGCGAUGCUAUCCGGUCAGACUCCGUUUGCCAUGGGACCCGACGACCCUGCAGAAGAGAUUCUAAAGCGCGAUCUCGUUCGCAAAUUGUUGGAUGUAGACGCUUCACGACGUCCAACGGCAAAACAAAUCCUUCAACAUCCAUGGAUCACACAUAGGAACAGUCUGCCGGCCACCAUCAUAGUAAACAAUGUCUAUAACGUGGAAAUUUACUGUUUUCAGGGAGCACUUGAGCAAACGUACCGUGCUCUGACCACGACCAGUGCAGUGAACUUGCGUCCAGUGAACGCGUCGGCACUGGCGAAGCGACGAUUGACUCAGUUACCAAAAUUGGGAAUCUGCUCGUCGUAA